AUGGUAUUAGUGCUGAACUUUGCACUCAGUGGAUUGGUCAAGUACAAAAGGAGACGUCUCUCUAUCCUGCAAGUCCAACGGUCACUCACACUCUCAAACUCCGCCUCAAAAGUGUACACCAAACUGUCUAGUUUCAUCGACGACGCCUACUUGGACACUCCACAUGUGUUGUUCGAAAUUGACUGUUCUCUGGUUAACUUGAUGGUGGACACAAUUUUAGAAAAGAAACAUGAAGCCUAUGAAAAUUACCUGGAAAGAGCCUUGGAACAUAUAUCAGAAGAAUUAGAUUUGGAUGCAGUAAGUGACACUGAAGACAAACUGCGACUGCUAUUCGUCGAAGCCAAGUCUCGAAUUGAAGCCCUUCUCCAACAGCAGCCGCAAGAUGUUCCAGAAGAAAGUAAAGAUUCAACAAGAAUUAGUGACAUCUCAGCUUCAUCAUCUGCUCACGUAAGACUCCCAAAACUAGACCUCAUCACGUUUGAUGGUUCUCCUCUACAGUGGGAAGCCAGUCCUGCUAAUCAAAUCCCUAAAACUGUAAUUUUAGGCACAACACUGGUUAAAGUUACUGCUCAAAAUAACGUUUCUCAUGUGUUCAGAGCAUUGAUUGAUAGUGGCAGCAUGUGUGAUUUUAUUAGUGAAAAAGCUACUCAACUACUGAAUGCACCUCGUUUCAAAUCCAACUUACAAGUAGUUGGUCUUUCUCAAUCUCCAACUCUCACAAAGGGUAUUGUGAACCUCACUGUUAACACACUGGCAGGAAAAUUAGUUGCAUCCAACCAUGAAGUGCACAUACUUGAUAAAAUAUCUGUCAAUCUCCCUAGAUCUCAAAUAUCACAAAGAGUUCUAUUGAAAGUAAAACCAAAACCUUACCCCCUUGCUGAUCCCAGCUUCCACUUAUCAGGGCCCAUUGACAUGCUGAUCGGAGCUUCUCUCUUCCCUCUUCUUUUAACGAAUGAAAACUAUUCUCUCGGCCCUAACAUGCCUAACAUGAUGGGAACUCACUUUGGCUUUGUUGUUAUGGGGAAUGCACCUUGUUCAACCGAUUCCCAGCCUGCCAACACUCCAUCCAUCUCUCUGCUCUCAACGGUUGACAACGAAUUGCAUAACUCUCUACAGAAAUUUUGGAAAUUAGAGGAAUUAUCUGUACCCUCAAAGAUAUCGGUUGAAGAGCAACAGUGUGAAGAUCUGUUUAAAGCUACCCACUCUAGGGACGAAAAUGGCCGUUACUUAGUUCAGCUACCAUUUAAAGAAAAUCAUCCACCUUUAGGAUCUUCCAAACUCAUCGCAGAACGACGUUUUCACUCACUUGAACGACGUUUUACACUCUCUCCUGAUUUGUAUAAAGCUUACUCUGACAAUAUAAAUGAACACAUCUCUCAAGGUCAUAUGGUAAAACUACCUCAUCUAGAUAUCAACUCUCCUCACUAUUUCUUGCCACACCAUGCAGUUGUGAAACCAUCCAGUACCUCAACUAAACUCAGAAUCGUUUAUGAUGCAAGCUGCAAAACCAGCUCUGGAAUUUCCCUCAAUGAUUCUCUCAUGACCGGCCCUAAAUUACAGACCAACAUUUGUGAUAUAUUGCUACAUUUCAGAAUACACAAUAUCGUUUUCACUUGCGAUAUUCGCCAAAUGUAUCUUCAAAUCUUAAUCAAACCUUCCGAUCAACUGUUCCAACUCGUCUUGUGGCGUGACAAUCCCUCUGAAGAUAUAUCCACAUACAAACUCACUCGAGUGACUUUUGGAGUAAAUAGCUCACCCUACUUAGCGAUUCGUACCCUCCACCAGUUAGCUGAAGACGAAGGUAAAGACUUCCCUGAAGCAGCAAAUGUCUUGCGCACUCAGACUUACGUAGACGACAUUGUAACUGGAGCAGACACGGUAGAUGAAGCAAAGAACCUUCAAAAUCAACUCAUUCAACUACUCAACCGUGGACACUUUGAACUUCGAAAAUGGACUUCAAAUUCUCCCGAGCUUCUUCAGUCUCUUCCAGACACUCAUAAAGACUCUCCAGUCUUUCUUGAAAAUACACCUGAUCCCCAUUUCUCAAUUCUUGGCCUACAAUGGUCUCCAGACUCGGACAAUUUUUCAUUUCAUCUCAACCUACCGCCAAAAACACUAACUAAACGUCACGUUCUCAGUCUAGUCGCUAAAAUAUACGAUCCUUGUGGAUUUCUUAGCCCAUGUACUAUGACAGCGAAAUGUUUUAUUCAACUUCUCUGGACGACCGGUCUACAAUGGGAUGAACCUCUCACUCCAGAACUUAGUGCAAUUUGGAGUAACUUUAUCUCAGCGAUACCAGCACUUGCAGACAUUCAGAUCCCUAGAGCAUUGAAAAUCUCUCAAAAUUCUAGUGUUGAACUUCACGGCUUCUCAGACGCCUCUGAACGUGGGUUUUCAGCUGUUGUCUAUGUACGAUGUUCCCAACCCAACGGAGAAGUGACUACACGUAUGGUUUUAUCUAAAACUAGAGUCACCCCUCUCAAGAAGGUGACUCUUCCACGAUUAGAACUCUGCGCUGCCCACUUAUUAGCUCAACUCGUAAACUUCUGUUGUUCUUCAUUCAAACCCUUAAUUUCACUCAACCAAUGUUAUUUGUGGUGUGAUUCUUCAGUAACCUUGACAUGGCUUCAAACUCCAUCUUACAGGCUGAAAACAUUCGUGGCUAACAGAGUCGCCCAAACACAAGAACUUGUCCCCUAUCACUGUUGGCGUUACAUCCCUAGCAAGGAAAACCCUGCUGAUUGUGCUUCAAGAGGUAUUCUAGCCACUGAGCUUGUGUCUCACCCCCUUUGGUGGUCAGGGCCUUCUUGGCUUUCUCUUCCCCCUUCAAACUGGCCUGAUGUAACUUUUUCACCUACAGAUAUCUCAACAUUAGAUGAAGUAAAACACACUCCUCUAACUGUACUUGUGUCAACUACCACUGAAUCUACGCUGACCAAUCUUCUCAUUAAAUAUUCUUCAUGGGAACGACUUCUUAGGAUUUUUGCUUACGUCCUUCGUUUCAUGCACAACUGUAAAGGUUUUGAAAAACGCCAAGGUUUCAUCUCAACACAGGAACUGAAAGACACAAAAUAUCACAUUUUUAAACUUGUACAAAAAGAAGUAUUCACAGAAGAAAUCAACUGCCUCAAACGGAAAUCAUUUUGCUCCACUCGUUUACAACGUCUUUCACCUUUCAUUGACUCAUUUGGAUUAUUGCGUGUUGGAGGACGUCUUUCUCAGACAUCACUUCCUGAAGAUGCUCGACAUCCCAUUAUUCUGCCAAAAAAGCAUCAUGUGGUAAAUCUCCUCAUUGACCACUACCAUAUCUACAAUCUUCAUUCAGGCCCUCAGCUUACUCAAGCAUUACUUUACAAACAUGUUUGGAUACUGUCUGCCCGUUGUGCCAUACGCUCUCGUAUCCAUAAAUGUGUCAGAUGUUUCAAAGUCAAACCUAGAAAUGUGUGUCCUCUCAUGGCUGAUCUCCCUCAGUCUCGUGUAACUCCUGCUCGACCUUUCCUCCACACCGGCAUAGAUUAUGCAGGGCCUUUUACUGUUAAAAUCUUCAACCUCAAGGCAGUGAGACACAUAAAGUCAUACUUUUGUACUUUCAUCUGCCUCGUCACGAAAGCUGUACAUUUGGAAGUAGUAACAGACCUAACGACUGAAUCUUUCAUUGCUGCAAUGACUCGAUUUGUAUCUCGCAGAGGACAUUCUUCCGACAUUUACUCGGAUUGUGGGUCCAACUUCAUUGGUGCUGACUCUACCCUACGCAAGAUUGUUGAAAAAUCUCUUUAUUGUCAAGACUCCAAACGGAAGAUUCAACGAUUCUCUUCACUUAAAGGCAUCAAUUUUCAUUUUAAUCCACCAGCCGCUCCGCAUCAAGGAGGAUUGUGGGAAUCGUCUGUAAAGAAUGUGAAACAUCAUCUCCGUCGAGUAAUGGGAAACUCAGUCUUAACACUCAUUGAAUUCAUCACAUUGUUGACCCAAAUCGAAGCAAUGCUCAAUUCCCGACCACUGACACCUCUUUCAAAUGAUCCUUCGGAUCUCGCAGCACUGACUCCCGGACACUUCCUGAUUGGUGCAACCCUCACAGCAGUACCUGAACCUAAUCUCCUGACAGUUCCUGAAAACCGUCUCAAGCAAUGGCAGCUAGUUCAAGCAUUUCAUCAACGCAUAUGGCAUAGAUGGCACCUAGAAUACUUAAACAACUUGCAACAACGUACCAAGUGGACUCGGAAAUCAAAAAAUCUUGAAGUGGGUGACCUUGUUCUGGUACAUAUGGACUCACCACCUCUCUCGUGGCCUCUCGCUCGAAUUACAGCAGUUCAUCCAGGGGCUGAUGGGGUUGUGCGAGUGAUAGACUUAAAAACAUCAAGUGGCAACCUCAGAAGAUCUGCCCACAAAGUGUUUCCCCUGCCAACUGUGGAUUCGUGA